CAAAAAAAUGCAUAUUUUUUUAUGAUUUUUUAGGUAUCCAAAAUAAUUCUAAUCACUGGCAUAAUGACAACACUAAACAAAAUAGAUUAGCAUAGUUUAUGGGUUUUAAUUGUCGUUAAAAAAGUCGGCUCGUGAGGUAACGGUGGCGGUCAUUAAAUUAUUCCGCGUUAUGAGUCCAGUGACGAAAUGGUUGGUAGAAAAAAAGCCUCACCAAAGAUUCAUUUGUACUAUUAAGUCAUCCAUUGGCAGUAGGAUAAAUAAAACCUCGAAAACAUCUGGUUCGAUAUGUGUGUCGAAUAAUGGGACAAUGGACGGUCCUUGACUCGGAAGAUUCGAAAAAGAAAUAAAAGAAGAAAGGUGAUAUCAAAGCUAAGCGCAUAAAGCGAAUCCCGCCGUCAAUAAUGUUGAUAUUCCUCGGUGCAUUCGAAUGUCAAGUCAUCGGGGUGCCUAAUAUUCUGUUGAAGGAGCCACUAAAGAAAAAGUUUAAGGGGAAGGGGAAGGGAGAAGGGGUGAAAAAAAUAAAAACAGAAUUAGUUGUCCCGAGGCGUGUCCGGCAGCAACUUUAGCACGAGCUAAAGGAUCCUUAACGAUUCAGUGAAUCCGAAAACGAUCCUCAAAAAUGUGCGCGAACCCAAACGUGUCGGCAAACAGACCCAGUUGGGUGGAUGAAUCGUUAAACCACUCGCCUGCUCAAUAUGUCGGGAUAAAAUACUUGCUAUUUGAAUUAUUGAAUUAAAUUCACUCUAUAAACCCACAAAUCAUAAUCAUAGUUGCUACCUACUAACAGAUUGCUUCAAAGCCAACCGCGGAUUCGUUUGUGAGGAAGGCCCGCGGGCGAGGUGUCACUCACUUGCAGGUUCCCAACUGUUUUAUAAGAGGACUUUGCUCACGGAGGGAGCACGCCAGAAGAGCUAUGUUUUAGGAAGAAAAUUCGCUUUUCUGUGGAUAUCUUCGAAAUUGCGUUUUUUAAGUUGUUUAAGGAACUAAUUGUCAGUUUUAAACGAAUCAAAGUUUUUUUAAAAAGGUUUUAUGCGAGAAAUUGAGAUACCGAAUUUGGAAUCAAUCGAAAAAGCCAUUUUUAAAUAAACUAACUUUGAAUUUUUGGACGAAAUUUAGGAUAUCCAAAAAAAUGUCGUUUUUUAAGGAACUAAUGGUCAGAUUUUAAUGAAAUAAAGUUUUUUCAGAAGAGUUUCAUGUAAGAAAUUACGAUAUAAAUUUGGCAGUUAAUCGAGUUAAUAUUUUUUGAGAAAAUUAAGUUUGGGUUUUUGGACGAAAUGAAGGAUAUCCACAAAAAUUCCAUUUUUUGCAGUUUUUUAAGGAACUAAUGGUCAGAUUUGGAUGAACUAAAGUUUUUUUAAAAGAAUUUUAUGCAAGAAAUUACGAUAUAAAUUUGGCAAUUGAUCAAGCUAAUAUUUUUGGAGAAAAUUAAGUUUGGGUUUUUGGACGAAAUGAAGGAUAUCCACAAAAAUUCCGUUUUUUGCAGUUUUUUAAGAAACUAAUGGUCACUUUUCAAUGAACUAAGGUUUUUUUGAAGGGGUUUAAUGUAAUGAAUUACGAUAUAAAAUUUGAAAUUAAUCGAAUUGAUGGUUUUUGAUAAAAUUAAGUUUGGGUAUUUGGACGAAAUGAAGGAUCUUCAAAAAUUAGUUUUAUUCAUCAACUUUACCAAAAUAUUUAUUAAAAAAAGAAUAAUUACUACUAUAAAACAAUAUUUUGAUGAAAAGAUGACGAUUCGGGAUUAAUUGAGCCAUCUGGGUCUGCAAAGAAAGAGAAAGAUAGAAAGACAUACAUAUAGUGAACUGGAAAGACGUCAUGGGGCUCGGAUAAAAUGUGACUAAAAUGUGCCUUAAUCGCACGCAGUGUUUACACUUGAGAUGAUGCUUCCCAAUGGAAUACGCGGCGUUAAUUCAAGUUCAUAUAUAUAAUAUAAUAUAUAUAAGGCACUGUAUUUCUUAAUGCUCAAUCGGGAAUAAUCCAAUGAAUGGCUGCCGAUUAUUAUCGAGUCGAGCGAGUCCCGUGAAUGUGUCCGCCGAACCGUCCGCGGUACACCCGCUGGGUUAACCGACGUCCAACUACUAAAUCCCCCGUGAAAAAACCCAUUUUUAUAAUACUAGAUGUAAUAUCUAUUGUUAUUAUUUCAUCAUUGCUUCCACCGGUGACAAUAUUUAGAAUUCACCAUCAGAUAAUCGCUUUUUUAUUGACCUAAAAUAUUUUAUUGUGACCCAUCUUGCCUCCAAGAUCAUAGACUAAAAGGUUCAUGGGUUAAUUUUCUUUAAAAAAAUUUCCUUUACCAAAAAAAACCCAUUUAAACCCAAAAAAUUCCAAAAAACACCUUCAAACAUUUUCUAUAACCCAUAACUUUUUUUCUAACCCCAAAAAAAAUAUUUUCUAACCAUUAUUCGUUAGGAAAUUUUCCUUCCUACAAUUUCCUGCCCUUAUUUUUCUUAAAAAAAAUUUCCUUCCCUAAAAAAAUUCCAUUUAAAUCUCAAAAACCCAAAAAAACUCCGAAAAACACCUUCAAACAUUUUCUAAAAGCCAUAACUUUUUUUCUAACCCCAAAAAAAAUAUUUUCUAACCAUCAUUCGAUAGGAAAUUUUCCUCUCUACAAUUUUCCGCCUUAAUUUUUCCUCAAAAAAAUUUUCUUGCCCAAAAAAAUCCCAUUUAAAUCCAAAAACUCAAAAAACACCUUAAAAAAUUUUCUAAACCCCAUAACUUUUCUUCUAAUCCUAAAAAAAAUAUUUUCUGAUUACCAAUCGCUAGAAAAUUUCCCGCUCUACAAUUUCCUGCCCUUAUUUUUCUUCAAACAAAUUUCCUUCCCCAAAAAAAUCCCAUUUAAACCCAAAAACUCCCUAAAAACUCAAAAAAACACCUUAAAAUUUCCUUUAAAUCUCCAUAAAUUUUCUUCUAACCCUAAAAAAAAUAUUUUCUGACUACAAUCCGAUAGUAAAUUUCCCGCCCUUAAUUUUCCUCCAAAAAUUUUCCUUCCCCGAAAAAAUACCAUUUAAACCUCAAAAACACCUUCUAAUAAUAAAAAAAUAUUUUCUAACCUUUAAUUAAUAGGAAAUUUUCCGCCCUGCAACCUCCUACCUUCAAUUUCUCUCUAAAAAAUUUCCUUCCCCAAAAAAAUUCCAUUUAAACCCUCAACACUCCUUUUUUCCAAGAUUUCUUCAAAUCAAACACACCCUCUCGAUCCCUUAGGAUAUAAAUACGUCCCUCGGGAUAAAUCGGCUCCCUUAGUCCAUAACUCGGUCAGUAAGUCCUUUCUUAACCAUCUUCAGUUAUCCGUAAAGGGGUAAAUUUUCUCCUUUUUUCCUUUUGUCACCCAUCGUAAGGGUCGGGACGAAUUAACGCAUCCUUAAUCACCUAAUAAGAUAAUUUAUCCCAGGUAUAAUUUUUAUAAAAAUAAAUAAGGUUAGAGUCACUCAAGCCUUUGUUUAUUUCUUUAUUAUAAUUUUUUUUUUUUUUUAAAUAUUUAAUCAACUAAACUGAAGUUAAUCGCUAAUUACCAAUUACUUGUAAGUGACUUCAGUUUAUAUUAAUAAAAAAUGACCGAGGUUGAGCGUGCCAAUGGCGAAGAGCCCUUCGAUCCUUACCGCAGGGACGCGAAUAAAAAGUACCUCUCGGACUUUGGCUCGUUCAUGAAUUUAGUGAAAAGCGCAGCCGGGGCCGGGUUGUUUGCGAUGCCAUAUGCUUUUGCGAGUGUCGGGAUGAUCUUAGGGGUCGUCGGGACUCUCCUGAUGGGUGUGUUGAUAACCGUAGCUCUGCAUUUGUUGGUGAUAACACACAGCCGAUUGUGUACUGAGCAGCGGCGGCGGGCCAUUCCGUAUGACCAAAUCGUCGCUGCGACAGUGGCCAGGGGAAGACUUUCUACUAACACUGCUAGGUUGGUCAUCGACAUCAUCAUGCUGAUCUGCUACAUCGGAAUUGGCGCGGUCUACAUCAUCUUCGUCAGUGGAAUCAUCCAGGAUCUUGUGGAUCAAGGAAAGACUGUCGGACUUGCGUAUUAUUCGUUGAUUUUGUUUCCCCUGUUUUUGCUGCUUAAUAUGAUCAGAGGAUUGAACGCCAUUGCUCCGGUUGCUAUCAUUGGAAAUGUCCUGAUUGUUGUUGCUGCUUUUAUUGGAGUUGCUUAUGCCGUUGUCAAGGCUGAAAGUGACUGGGUUUUUUUUCAGAAGGACUAUCGGAAGUAUCCUAAGUUUCUAGGGACUGUUUUUUUUGCACUUUCGUCGCCGGCUUUGGUUCUGGCAAUCCAACAAGACAUGCAAAGGCCAAGACACUUCACCCGCAUGUGUGGAGUCCUGAACUGGGGUAUGGGAUUCCUGAUCCUGCUGCAUUUGUCGGUCGGAAUAGUCGGCUACGCAAAAUACGGAAGCUCAGUAACCGGAAACUUCGUCCAGAAUCACCCGAUACUAGACACGGUGACAGGAAUUGCUUUGGGGGUCCAAGCUUUGGCGAUAUUUUUCAGCUACGGACUGCAAUGCUACCUUCCAAUUUCCAUUCUUUACAAGGACUAUGCGGUUCGCUCGAUUCAAGACGGAUUUUUGAGAGGCACACCUUUUCUAUGGAGCAUCUUGAUUAGGGUCUCAGUUACGCUACUUACUUGUAUCCUUGCGGCGUCAAUUCCUCAACUGCACGUCUUUGCCAGCUUCGUGGGUGCGCUGUGCGUCGCCACCUUGGGUUUCAUCAUCCCGGUGAUGGUCUACAUGAUCAGCCACUACGGAGAAUUCGGCCGUUUUAAGUGGAAAUUGGUGCUGAGCAUAGUUUUCUUAAUCCUCGGAACUCUUGCGAUGAUCCUCGGAAUGAUAUCCAGCGUUAAAUCUAUGAUUGAUUACCUAAAGGAAUAGUUACAAUUCCGUUCUUUUGAUUUUUAGAGCGAGCGUGCACGUGCGGCUUUAAGAUACCGAGUAAUUACGCGUGAGGCACGUGCGGCUAAACGCUCGCUAAUUGCUACUUCAUGGACCAGUUGCUUUUUUUUUGUAACGCUUUGUGUAAUACUUUUGUAAUAAAAGAAUAAAAAGUAAAAAAAAGAAAAAAAAAUUACUAACUUCACAUAUAUAUAGACCGUGAAAAUAAGGAAAAUAUUUUCCGGAAAAUUUUAAAAAGUUUGUCCGAGGUUAAAAUUACCGGAAAAUUAAAACUUUUCUUUCAGCGCCUCGGCAGUACUUUUUCACGCCGUAGUUUUGCACCAGCAAGCGCUAAAAAUACGAUCGAAGACUCUACGUGCGCCCUAUUGAACCCUCUACACGGAAAAGUUUUCCUUUCGCCGAAAAAAAAAUUUCCUACCCGGAAAAAUCGCAGUCAAAAUUGACAACUCCGGAAAAUAAAAAAUUUUCAUAAAACUUUUUUUUCAAAACCCUAUAACUUUUUUUCUAUCAACCCUAAAAAUACCAACCAAAGAGGAAAAUGAUCCUCAGAGUAUCCUCUUUGACCGUCCGUUAGCCACUUGGCUCUAAAAAAUUUUCCUCUUGCUCUUUUCAGCGCCCCCAUUUUCAACCCUCCCAAAUUCGACCUUGGAAAAUCUUUUUCCCUCUGUAGUUUUCCAACCGCUUGCUCUCAAAAUUCGACCAACCACUCUUCUUCCUCCUCUUUAAACCGUCUAGAGCCUCUUGCCCUCAUUUUUUCCCUAAAAAAUUUUCCGACCCCUUAAAUCACCCUAAAAGCCAAAAAAUCCUUGAAAUCCUUGAAAAUUAUCACUUUUUCCGGGAAAAAGGGAUUUUCUCAUAAAAAUUUUCAUGCGCGAGGAAGAUUAGCCAGGGGUCUUAAACCAGGGUUGUAUAUAGCCAGAUUUAGUAGGUUGUCAUCGCCACGCGGAGUCUCCUCAGCCAUUUCUUAGAGUGUCUGCCGGCGGGUCUUAUCUCGAGUCUGCAAGACUGGCUUCGUAAUACUCUACCGUGAAGAUCUGAGGGUGGUUCCACCUCUCUCAGCCCUCAGUUAGCUGUCCUCAACACAGCGAAGAGGGCCGGGUGUGUUAGAAGAGAAAAAUAGCCUUUCAAUAAAGGAUUAACGCGCGAAAAGAUUAAUCUCACAAUAUUUUAUCGGUUUAUUGUU